UACUGCUUUCCUGCCAUCAACUCAUCAUGUAUCAAGGGGAAACGCUCCAGUUAUGAUUACUAUUUUAUGUACAUGUUUUUUUCACUUCUGUCAGCAGGGACUGUGUUUCUGAACCUGCUGGUGAUCCUCUCCAUCUCUCACUUCAAGAAGCUUCAUACUCCAACCAACCUGAUCAUUCUCUCUCUGGCUGUUGCUGAUAUGCUUGUUGGACUAAUUGUCAUGCCUAUAGAGGCCAUCAAGUUGAUUGAGACUUGCUGGUACUUCAGAGACACUUUCUGUAGACUGUUUAUGUUAAUCAUGGGCCUGCUCCUCUCAGCAUCUCUCAGUAAUUUAGUUUUAAUUGCCAUUGAUCGUUUUGUGGCUGUGUGUCACCCUUUACAGUACCCACAGAAAAUAACCAUGACUAGAAUGUUAAUUAUUGUCUGUCUUUGCUGGUUUUUUUCUUCAGUUUAUAAUAUUGCAAUUGUAAUAAGUAUCUCACACAGAACAGAUGCGUGUUAUGGUGGAUGCAAUAUUAUGCUUACAUUUGAAUGGAGAGUAAUUGAUUUAAUAUUUUCCUUCCUGUUUCCCUGUACCCUGAUCAUAACUUUAUAUUUAAGGAUAUUCUAUGUUGCACAAAAGCAAGUGAAA